ACGGUAAUGUUUACUUUUCUAUCGCUCGAAAUGAUCUGCAGAUUACAUUGUUGUGAAGCGCAUACAAACGGCUGUUUUAUAGAGAUGGAUGUUGUGUUUUUCAGCAUUUAAAAUAAUCAUAUGUCCGCUUUUUUACUUAUUUAAACGAUUAUUUCAAAUGUUUUUCUAUGGUGAAAUACAUGAAGGGGGUGUGAAAUCAAUGACACACAAUGGAGGAGAUAAGAGUAUCUCCUGACUAUAACUGGUUCAGAAGCACCGUACCUCUGAAAAGAAUAAUCGUGGAUGAUGAUGACAGUAAAGUCUGGUCGUUGUAUGACGCCGGGCCGAAGAGCAUCAGGUGCCCCAUCAUCUUCCUCCCACCUGUGAGCGGCACGGCAGAGGUUUUCUUCCAGCAGGUGCUGGCUCUCUCCGGAUGGGGCUACCGCGUCAUCUCCCUCCAGUAUCCCGUCUAUUGGGAUCUUCUGGAAUUUUGUGAUGGAUUUAGAAAGCUUUUAGACAACCUACAACUGGACAAGGUGCACUUGUUUGGCGCCUCUCUGGGUGGAUUCCUGGCUCAGAAAUUUGCUGAAGUCACACAUAAAUCUCCCAGAGUUCAUUCUCUGAUCCUGUGCAACUCAUUUAGCGACACAUCGAUCUUCAACCAGACAUGGACAGCAAACAGUUUCUGGUUGAUGCCUGGUUUCAUGCUCAAAAAGAUUGUGCUUGGUAACUUUGCCAAAGGACCCAUGGACCCAAAAAUGGCAGAUGCAAUUGACUUUAUGGUUGACAGACUGGAAAGCCUGAACCAGAGUGAACUGGCCUCUCGACUCACGCUGAACUGCCAAAACUCCUACGUGGAGCCGCACAAGAUCAAGAAUGUUGCCGUCACCAUAAUAGAUGUUUUUGAUCAGAGUGCCCUGUCACAUGAGGCAAAGGAGGAAAUGUAUAAACUGUACCCCAAGGCUAGACGAGCUCACCUCAAAACCGGCGGAAACUUCCCGUAUCUGUGCAGAAGUGCAGAAGUUAACCUGUACAUACAAAUACACCUGCGUCAGUUUCAUGGGACGCGGUACGCCGCUAUCAGUCCAGAGAUGGUCAGCGCAGAAGAGCUGGAAGUGCAGAAGACAAAUCUGAGCAGCGACAGCGAGAGCGACGGUGAAUCGUAGAGAGCCCAACAGGCCUCACACAAACAUCCUCUGAACGCUUACUACAUGGAUCGGGACAUGAGUUUAACACGUUUCAGCUACACAACAUUCAGAGGUCAUGUUUCGCUAUUCUGUUUUUCUAUGACCUUAAGCUCAGUCAAAUGUGAAUGGACUUUAAAGAGCCUAUUUUUACUUUACAGAGAAGAAACAAUAUUUUGAUAAGACUGUAAAUAAGUGAAACGGAGUACAUGAAGAAUGCCAUGUUUUGACCCGGUUGCCUUACACAAUAUAAAAUGCACGUCUUUGUUCAAAUUAGCACUUUUUAUUCCCUGAACUUAAUUUUCUGCCUUUUGUACAUUGGCGUUAUUUUCUGUUAAGUUUGUUUUUGUUUGUUUGUUUGUUUGUAUGAAUGUUGUUAACGUCAUCAUGCCUGUUGCUUUUUUGAGUCAUGCACUGAUAUAAAAUGAAACCCGUUUCAACAUCAGAUUGUGUAAAACCCCUUCACUUUUCCAAAUGACACAUCAGGAGUCCGUGAUUUGGAAACAAAUCGUAAAGUGUCAUUAUUUACUUAAAUAAAGCUGUGUAACCAAAA